AUGCAUGCGCGUAAAGUUGUGCGUGUGUCCUUGCGCUCUGUUCGCGCACUAAGCAGUCUUGCUCACACGUCGCAGUCUGAGAAGAAGCAGGGCACACACACGCCGCUCACUCAGGCACAGCUUGCUGCGCUUGCCAGCCGCAACUCGAGCGUCAUGCGCCGCAAAGCGGCCGUCCAAGCUGCCAAUAAGCCACACAGCGCUCGUGAGGCCGGCGCUGGCGGCAGCACGAAUACCAUGCUGCGUCUCAACACCGAAGACAACAAGGGUCUGAACGUGGACCCAGUCAUUGUGCUCGUCCUCUCGGUUGCCUUUGUCCUUAGUGUCGUCCUCCUGCAUAUUCUCGGCAAGGUGGCGCGCUUCUUUACGAAGUAG